AGCCUGCCUGACCGCGCGGAGGAGGAGGGCGGGCGCGAUGCCGCCGGGGCGGGAAGGUCGCGGGCGGCUGCUCCGGACUGCAGCUCCCGCGGCGGUGGCGGCGUCUCGGGACACGGCGCGGGAUGGACGCGCAGGACUGCCAGGCGGCCGCAUCGCCCGAGCCGCCCGGGCCCCCAGCCCGUAGCUGCGUGGCCGCCUGGUGGGACAUGGUCGAGCGCAACCUGCGAUAUUUUCCACACUCCUGUUCAAUGCUCAGAAGAAAAAUUGCUGCUCUGUAUGACAGCUUUACUAGUAAAUCCUUAAAAGAACACGUUUUCCUUCCUCUGAUAGACAUGCUAAUUUAUUUUAAUUUUUUCAAAGCCCCAUUUCUUGUGGAUUUAAAGAAACCGGAGUUAAAGAUUCCUCACACAGUGAACUUCUACCUGAGAGUUGAACCUGGGGUGAUGCUAGGGAUCUGGCACACAGUCCCCAGCAGCCGGGGGGAAGAUGCCAAGGGGAAGGACUGUUGCUGGUAUGAAGCAGCCCUUCGCGAUGGGAACCCAAUUAUUGUUUAUCUUCAUGGCAGUGCAGAACACAGGGCAGCUUCACACAGACUGAAGCUGGUAAAGGUGCUGAGUGAUGGUGGCUUUCAUGUCUUGUCUGUUGACUACAGAGGAUUUGGGGACUCUACGGGUAAGCCCACAGAGGAGGGACUGACUACGGAUGCCAUUUGUGUCUAUGAGUGGACCAAGGCAAGAAGUGGCAUCACUCCCGUGUGUCUCUGGGGCCACUCUCUGGGUACAGGAGUUGCAACAAAUGCUGCAAAAGUGCUAGAAGAAAAAGGAUGCCCAGUUGAUGCUAUUGUCUUGGAAGCUCCAUUUACCAACAUGUGGGUUGCAAGUAUCAAUUAUCCCUUGUUAAAGAUUUACCGGAACAUUCCAGGAUUUUUACGUACACUUAUGGAUGCCCUGAGAAAAGACAAAAUAGUCUUUCCUAAUGAUGAAAAUGUUAAAUUCCUUUCUUCUCCUCUUCUCAUCUUACAUGGAGAGGAUGACAGGACAGUGCCUUUGGAGUAUGGGAAAAAGCUCUAUGAAAUUGCACGCAAUGCAUACAGGAACAAAGAGAGGGUCAAGAUGGUUAUCUUUCCUCCUGGCUUCCAACACAACCUGCUUUGUAAAAGCCCCACACUGUUAAUAACCGUGAGAGAUUUCCUGAGCAAGCAGUGGUCAUGAGUCUGGGAGGAGUGGAAAUCUUCAAUGAAGACUUGGUCCAAACACCACCUGUGAUGUAUAUUGUUUUAAUGUAAAAUUGUACUGGGCUGGUCGGAUGAGCUGAGGCCAUUGACUUCUCUACAAAUCACUUGCCAUUUUAACAACAGAAAGUACGAAUGUUAGGCAGUAUGGAAUGUUCUUAUUUAGCUUAUCAUAAUCUACUUUGUAAAACAUGCUGAAACUUCACUGUGGAGAACCAGAAUUUGGUAAAAUCUAGAUCCUAUCUAAAAAUAUGUAGUUAUCAAACAUUCUGUGGAUAUUUGUGAAUAAGGUAGUUGCUAUGGUCCGAAUAUCUGGGCCUGCCCCCCCAAAUUAUGCUGAAACCUAAUCACCAGUGUGAUGGUAAUAGGAGGUGGGACUGAGCUCUCAUGAAUGAGAUUAGUGCCCUUAUAAAUUAUGACCAAAAGAGCUCUUCACUCCUCCUACCAUUUGAGGAUACAGUGAGAAGCCUUCAUCUAUGAACCACAAAGUAGCCCUCAUCAGACACUGAAUCAGCCAGUGCCUUGCUCUUGGACUUCCCAGCCCCCAGAACUGUGAGAAAUAAAUUUCUGUUGUUUAUAAGCUA